AUGAGAAUCGAUUUCACGCUCCUGUUCGUCACGCUCGUCACCACUGUGACUGCCAGUGCCAUCGAUGGCUCCCGGCAUGUGGUGAGAGUUGAGGGCAUCGCGCAGUCAGAGGAGCACGAUCUGUACAAGCGCAAGGGCGGCGGCGGCGGAGGAGGUAGAGGAGGCGGCAGCAGCGGAGGCAGCAGCGGCGGCAAGGGUGGCAGUUCUGGUGGUAGCAGUGGCAGCGGCGGCAGCAGUGGAAGUGGCAGCAGUGGCAGCAGUGGAAGCAGAGGUGGAAGUGGAAGCUCUGGAAACCGAGCCCCAACCUCCAACGUCGGAGGCACAUCUGUGGGUGGAAGCGGCCCCAAGCCGGCAUACGGCGGUGGCCGAUACUAUGGCGGUGGUGCGACAACUCCCUACCGUGCCGGCGGCACAAGCCCAAGUGGCAUUGUCCCGAUUGCUCUCCUUGGAGGUGCUGCUGCUCUCGCAGUCUGGCCCGGAAUCUGGCUGUACGGCGCGUACAUGUACCCCUAUCACCAACCGUACCACUUCCACAAUGACUCGAGCGGUCGUAACGAGACGCGAGAUGUUCUCUGCGGAUGUGGCACGUACGAUGUUUGCAGUUGCGAUGACAACAACAACACGGCGUACUAUGACAGCCUUAUCGGAAAUGGCAGCUACGCCGCGCUCAACAAGAGCGUUGUUAAUGUUGCCGACGUCAAUGGCACUACGACCCUUCUCAUUAAUGGCAGCCUUCCAAAUGGUACAACAGCCGACGGCCCAGAUUCGAGCGCGACUGGUCUGAGAAACGCUGCUGAGAUGUUCGGUUUCUGGCCUGUUGUUGCUGCGGUUCUCGUCACCGUCUUCCUCGCAUAA